CUCCCCCGCCCCUUGAGGAGGCACAAACGCUGAUGGCAAGCAAAUUACUGGCCCAGUGCUGAGCAGAAAUGGCUGCAAGUGGCCGAGGUCUCCGCAGGGCCGUGAGCGCCUGGCCCUGGCCUGCGUGGAGACGAGCUCACUGGGAAGCCACGGGGCGCCCGAAGCCUGAGUACGAUGCGGUGGUGAUAGGAGCAGGUCACAACGGGCUGGUGGCUGCGGCCUACCUACAGAGGACGGGGGUGAACACAGCCGUCUUUGAGAGACGCCACGUGAUCGGGGGCGCAGCUGUCACGGAGGAGAUCAUUCCAGGGUUCAAGUUCUCCCGAGCAUCCUACCUCCUCAGCCUGCUGAGACCACAGAUCUACACUGACCUGGAGCUGAAGAAACACGGGCUGAGAGUUCAUCUUCGAAACCCCCACUCCUUCACCCCCAUGCUGGAAGAAGGCACGCGGAGCAAGGCGCCCAGGUCCCUACUUUUGGGCACAGACAUGGCGGAAAACCAGAGGCAGAUUGCCCAGUUCUCGCAGAAGGACGCCCAGGCUUUUCCCAAAUACGAGGCCUUCAUGAAUCGCUUGGCAUCAGCCAUCGACCCUCUGCUGGACGCAGCGCCCGUGGACAUGGAGGCCUUCCGGCGGGGCUCCCUGCUGCAGAGGCUCCGGGCGCUCUCCACCCUCGCACCCCUGCUGCAGGCAGGCCGCAUCCUGGGGGCCCAGCUGCCCCAGUAUUACCAGGUCCUCACGGCUCCCAUUACCAAGGUGCUGGAUCAGUGGUUUGAGUCCGAGCCUCUAAAAGCUACUCUAGCAACGGAUGCUGUGAUUGGAGCCAUGACAAGUCCCCACACUCCAGGGAGUGGGUAUGUGCUGCUGCAUCACGUGAUGGGGGGCCUGGAGGGGAUGCAGGGGGCCUGGGGCUACGUCCAGGGAGGCAUGGGUGCCCUCUCGGAUGCCAUCGCAACCUCAGCCACCGCGCACGGAGCAAGUAUCUUCACUGAGAAGACGGUGGCUAAGGUGCAGGUGAGCAGUGGACGCGUGCGAGGAGUGGUGCUGCAGGACGGCUCGGAGGUGAGGAGCAAAGUGGUGCUGUCCAACGCGGAGCCCCAGACCACCUUCCUGAAGCUGACACCACAGGAGCUGAGAAAUGGGGUGAUCAAGGGAGCUGGAACUGCAUGGGGUAGGAGAUGCAAGGGCCAAGUCUGUCCACCUUUGGGGAAGCCAGUCCUCCUCUUUCUCACCUCGCAGACGGGUAACAAACAGGGCAGAGCCUCACAGGAAUGGCUUCCCGAAGAGUUCACACAGAGGAUCUCUCAGCUGGACAUCCGGUCGCCGGUCACCAAGAUCAAUGUGGCUGUCAACCGGCUGCCUGACUUCCUGGCGGCCCCCAAUGCUCCCAGGGGCCAGCCGCUGCCCCAUCACCAGUGCUCCAUCCACCUGAACUGUGAAGACACCCACCUGCUCCACCAGGCCUUUGAGGAUGCCAUGGAUGGCCGGCCCUCCCACAGGCCUAUGAUUGAGCUCUGCAUCCCUUCCUCACUGGACCCCACGCUGGCUCCCCCCGGCUGCCACGUGGUCUCCCUCUUCACUCAGUACACGCCCUACACCCUGGCCGGAGGCAAAGUCUGGGAUGAGCAGGAGAGAAACGCUUAUGCAGACAAAGUGUUCGACUGCAUCGAGGCCUACGCCCCUGGCUUCAAGGGCUCUGUGGUGGGCAGAGACAUCCUCACUCCACCUGACUUGGAGAGAAUCUUUGGGCUUCCUGGAGGGAACAUAUUCCAUGGCGCCAUGGCCCUGGACCAGCUCUACUUCGCCCGCCCCACGCCCCUGCACGCCGGCCACCGCUGCCCGCUCCCAGGCCUCUACCUUUGUGGAAGUGGGGCCCACCCUGGAGGAGGGGUCAUGGGAGCUGCUGGUCGCAAUGCAGCCCACGUGGUCUUGGAGGACCUCAAGAGCCUGUGACCCUGGCCCAGGAAGAACUGCCCUUGAGCUUGGAGGUCCCCACGGGGCCAUCUGUCCAGGCUAUGGCUGAGGCAGACCAGUACUCACGGCUCAAGCGACUAUUUUAGAAAAACACAUGCAAGUUACAUUCGGCACUGGCUAACCUUGUAUCCAGGGCUCAUGAUGAACUGCUUUUGUUGUAGUAAAAACAAUGUUUUGUACAGUCUGCAUUUUUCUAUAUAUU